UGCCGAUUUGAAGAGGCGCGGAGUUGGGGGAGGGGGCGAAAAAAAAAAUCAUGAGAGGCGCAAAAGAAACAAAACAGCGCUCGGUGAAUGAAUAAUCUAGUCUAGGGUGAAGAAGAAAAUAAUGUGACAGAGAUGCAGAGGAAAAAUCAACAGCAAAAAAAUUGAAAAGUGGUGAGGGGCGACACUCAGGAGUGACCGGAUCUGCCGUCAGAUGUGCCGCUGCCGGUCAGUGGUUUCACUGUGCAACCACUGUAGGCCGCAGAUCGACAAACACAGAGGCCUACAUACAUCCCCCUACACUCAUACACAGACCUUACGGAUAACGUUACUCUUCACAGGAGCAAUAAAAGCCACAGUGACGCUGACGAGGGCCCAGCAGCAUCAUUAUUGCGCUUUACCCUGGAUGGGACGAUUGCCUUUGUGCAGCACUAGCAGAUUGAUUUUUCGUUGGUCCCUGGAUAUACCUACAAGGUCUGUCGAACUCUGCACAGAGUGAAAAUGGAUGAGCAAAGUGUUGAAAGUAUUGCAGAGGUGUUCAGGUGCUUUAUUUGUAUGGAGAAGUUGCGUGAUGCCCGGCUCUGUCCACAUUGUUCAAAGCUUUGUUGCUUCAGUUGCAUAAGGCGCUGGUUAACAGAGCAGAGAGCCCAGUGCCCACAUUGCAGGGCACCGCUUCAGUUACGAGAGCUUGUGAACUGUCGCUGGGCAGAGGAAGUCACACAACAACUGGACACACUUCAACUAUGUAAUCUCAGUAAGCAUGAGGAGAAUGACAAAGACAAGUGUGACAGUCACCAUGAGAAGCUGAGUGUAUUCUGUUGGACAUGUAAGAAGUGCAUCUGCCACCAAUGUGCACUUUGGGGUGGAAUGCAUGGGGGCCACACAUUCAAACCAUUAGCUGAGAUUUAUGAACAGCACGUUACAAAAGUUAAUGAUGAGGUGGCAAAACUGCGUCGUCGAUUGAUGGAACUAAUCAGUUUGGUGCAAGAAGUGGAAAGAAAUGUGGAAGCAGUACGCAGUGCAAAGGACGAACGUGUCAGAGAGAUUAGGAAUGCUGUGGAAAUGAUGAUUGCGAGACUGGACACACAUCUAAAAAAUAAACUUAUAACUUUAAUGGGUCAGAAAACAUCAUUGACUCAGGAAACUGAGCUACUUGAGUCACUACUACAGGAAGUAGAACAUCAGCUGCGAUCCUGCAGUAAAAGUGAGUUAAUUCUGAAAAGUCAAGAAAUCCUGCUAAUGUUCCAACAAGUCCAUCGUAAACCCAUGGCUUCAUUUGUCACAACACCUGUCCCACCAGACUUCACCAGUGAGCUGGUUCCUGCUUACGAUUUCAGUACAUUUGUUCUGUCAAAUUUCAGCACUUUGCGUCAGCGUGCAGACCCAGUGUACAGUCCGCCUCUGCAAGUGUCUGGGCUUUGCUGGAGACUGAAGGUUUACCCGGAUGGAAAUGGAGUUGUGCGAGGAAAUUACCUGUCAGUGUUUCUGGAACUCUCUGCAGGACUCCCUGAAACAUCAAAGUAUGAGUACCGCGUAGAGAUGGUUCAUCAAGCCUCUAAUGAUCCAACGAAAAACAUUAUUCGAGAGUUUGCUUCUGAUUUUGAGGUUGGAGAAUGCUGGGGUUACAAUCGUUUCUUCCGAUUGGACCUUCUUGCCAGUGAGGGUUACCUGAAUAUGCAGAGUGAUACGUUGGUGCUCAGGUAA